CAAGGAGACGCCUUCCACCGGCACCGGCACCGGCACGGCGGCACCGUUUCCUCUCUACGGCAGCAAGCCAGCCAUCCCUCGUCCAUCCUGGCUCAGCAGGCGCGAGAGGGUGGAGAUGAGGAGGAAGGCGCUCGCACGGGGCUUCUCCGGCGAAGGCGUUCUCCGCCGCAGCCGCCCGCCACACAAGGGGACAAUAAUAGCACGAGCAAGGACAAGAAGGGCGAGAUCGCCAGGGCCAUCCGAGACGGGCUAUCGUCUCUCUCUUCUCCCAGGACCCGCCUCUCCCUCUCCUGCUGGACGAGCCACCCGAUCCGGCGGAGCAGGAGGGGGAGCGGCACGGCCGGCGGCGAACAUGGCACGCCAGCGGACGUGAAGGUGACGGCAACCAGGCCCCCCUCAAGGAAGGUGAUCGCGGCGGGGGCCAGAUCCCUCAUCGAACGCAACGAUUUCUACUGCCAGGAAUGCAACACGCACAAGUAA